AUGCGGGGCAGUCUAGUUGCACGGACCCGCACAACGGAUAUCGGUUGCGCGGACCUGCGCAAACCACCGGAACUUCCUCUCUUACCUUUAGUCUUCCUCCUUGCUCUGCUUCCUCUCCAAAAUCUUCAAUCCAUCCAAAUGAAGGAAUGGGCAGAUAGAGAGAUCCCUAACAUAAAGCCCAGUUAUACUGUCCAGCUUAAAGUGGAAGUGCCCAAGAACAAGCAUCAAGUUUCGAUUCUGAAAGGCAUUGUUAUAGCAAGGUGCAAUGCUGGAUUGAAUACAACAUUUAGAUUACGGAGGUUGGUAGCAGGUGUUGGAGUGGAAUCUGUUUUCCCUUUAUACUCUCCCAACAUAAAGGAAUUCAAAGUGUUGGACAAGAAGGAAGUCAGGAAGGCAAAGCUGCAUUACCUUAGGGAUAGAAUGAAUGCUCUCAGGAAAUAA